AUUAAAACGGGCUUCUGCUACCCAGGUGAGUAAAACCUGGUGUUGAGUGAGUUAAGCAACCUUAUACACANAGAAUACCAAGCAAAGCAAUAGGGACGAAGCAAAGAAUCGGAACCAUGGCUUGAACAAACUUUGAUGUCACACUACUGGAUACAUUGCCAAGCUCCUCAUUUCAACUACCAUUUGAGAAAGUUGUCUUCGUUGAUGACAAAAUGGUACUCGAGGUUCUACUCAGAUAGGGAUGCAAGCCAGGAAUUGACCUUGUGCUAUGAUUGGAUCAAUCGAAUUAGAGUACGGUACCAGCUGAAAAGCGGAAGUGUUGAUGUAGAGGAGUACGUUGGCUAAGGAAGCAAGAAAAUCCGCCUACUUCAAGGCUUGUUAAAAGUAGUGGAAGUAGAGGUUGUACGAGAUCACCGUGACGGGAAUGGCAUGGAGUCCAUGUGUAAGUCUGGGCACUUUGGGAGCAACAGCAUUGGGAAAUUAGGUUUCUCGACUACAUAGACCGACUCUUUGCUGGGGAGGAUAAAAACCGGAGGCCUCGCUCUCAAGGAGAUUGUUCCUCCUCUCAGUUCCCGCAUAUUUGUGGGUUUUGCUGUUCAGUAA